AGAUGGCUAACAGGGGCCCGAGCUACGGCUUAAGCCGAGAGGUGCAGGAGAAGAUCGAGCAGAAGUACGACGCGGACCUGGAGAACAAGCUGGUGGACUGGAUCAUCCUGCAGUGCGCCGAGGACAUACAGCACCCGCCCCCUGGCAGGGCCCAUUUUCAGAAAUGGCUAAUGGACGGGACGGUCUUGUGCAAGCUGAUAAACAGUUUAUACCCACCCGGACAAGAGCCCAUUCCCAAGAUCUCAGAGUCAAAGAUGGCUUUUAAGCAGAUGGAGCAAAUCUCCCAGUUCCUAAAAGCUGCGGAGAUCUAUGGCGUCAGGACCACUGACAUUUUUCAGACCGUGGACCUUUGGGAAGGGAAGGACAUGGCUGCCGUGCAGAGGACCCUGAUGGCUCUAGGCAGCGUUGCAGUCACCAAGGAUGAUGGCUGCUACCGGGGAGAGCCAUCCUGGUUUCACAGGAAAGCCCAGCAGAAUCGGAGAGGAUUUUCAGAGGAGCAGCUUCGCCAGGGACAGAACGUAAUAGGCCUGCAGAUGGGCAGCAACAAGGGGGCCUCCCAGGCAGGCAUGACCGGAUAUGGGAUGCCCAGGCAAAUCAUGUAAGACGCUACAUCCCGCGACCCAGUAGAGAGGACGAACGUGCCACACCAUGGUCUCUAUGAUAAAGAAAUAGUUAGUCACCUUCUGACCUUCUCUUCUCAAAGCCUCCUGUCCCUGGUUUUUGCAAGUGCUGCAUUUCUGCCGCGAAUCCACGUUGCCUACGGCUGCCACCUUCUGUUCAUUUAGAACUAUGCAAAGACUCCGCUUCCUUCCUCUUCCUGAGCUCCUUCUUUGCCCUGAAAGCCUUCAUGUACCUGAUUAUUUAUUUAUUUAUUUAUUUGCCAAAAAUUUCCCUCCUCAACUUAUAGAACGCACCUAAUAAACAAAUUAGUCUUGUGUC